AUGGACGGCAGGAACUCCGUCGGCCGCCGCAUUUCGCUGUUGAACGAAGACUCAGCAGCUCCAGCUCCAGCUCCCGUCAACCGACUUCCCUCGCUAGAGCCGGGUCUUCGUUCGCGCACGUCCAGCUACACCUCUUCACCUUGCCUCUCACCACAGACACCACAACUUCUCCGCAGCGAUUCGACCGACUCGGCGGCCAUGAGCUCCCCGUCACCAACCACCCCCACCUUCAACUACGAGGAAUCGCAAUCGCCCAACAUGUCGCAGCUGCCCUACUACAUCGGCCCCAUGCCCUCCGUCAAGCAGGAGCAGAUGAUGCAGCAGUAUCCUCCCAUGAUGCAGCAGGCCUACGCGCAGCACCCUCAACCCAGCCAGGUCUUCAUUCGCCCUCCCGGCACUGAGCGCCAGCCCAUGCCUCCCACGCAGCCCCGGACAAAGAAGAACCAGUACCCGUGCCCUCUCGCCUCCUCGUUCGGCUGCAAGGACUACUUCACCACCUCGGGCCACGCAGCACGCCACGCAAAGAAGCACACGGGCAAGAAGGACGCAGUCUGCCCGGACUGCCGCAAAGCUUUCACGCGCAAGGACAACAUGGAGCAGCACCGCCGCACCCACCAGAACGGCCGCAACGCACGCAACGCCUCCAAGACGGACGACGACAGCCGCGUGAAAAAGGCCAAGUCCGCCCCCCGGCCCAAGCCCUCGCCCAUCCAGUCCGUCCAGGGCCAGAUCCAGCUCGCGUCCAUGGUGGAUCCCAACCUUCAGAUCAGCCCGCGCUCGAGCUUCAGCGGCGCCCCUGCCGUGCAGCCCAUCGGCGACUACGUUACAUCGCCAUACCCUGACGGCAUGAGCUACCCGCCUCCGGAGCACUUCCAGCUGUCGCCUGGAUCCAUGCAGGGCACGCUUGGUCUCGAGGCCCUCGCUCUCGCUGCCGGUGGACAGCGCAAGUUCGAUGCAUAG